AUGACUGCAUUAACUGUGAAAUAUGAAGCUGAAUUCUCUGAUCAAGAAAAGAAAAUGGGUAGGAUAAACUUUAAAUCAGAUAUGAAGCAAUACAUUGAAUUAGAUGAUACAAUGAAUUCAACAAUUCCCGGACCAAAUGACAUGAAUAUGAUGCAUCCACAAUUAUUGUCUUCAAUGUCAACAUCACUGACAUCACUACCAUCAUCAUCAUCCUCUUCAGUACCAGUGCUAGGCGUCGGAACAGCAGGAUCAGUAGACUUUACAUCACCAGUAUCAUCAGCAUCAUCAACAACUUCUGUAUUAUUAAAGUCUGCUUCAUCAACAUUAUCCCAAUGUGUUGGUUGUGGUUUACUUAUCAAUGAUCCAUUUAUAUUAAAUGUUCAACCAAAUUUAAAAUGGCAUAUACGUUGUUUAAAUUGUUCAAAAUGUUUACGAUCACUAAUGAAUGAUUCAACAUGUUUUGUACGUGAUUGUAAAGCAUAUUGUAGAGAAGAUUAUUUUAGUACUUUCCUUUAUCGUUGUGCUGGAUGUCAUCGAUUAAUUGAUAAAAUGGAUUUAGUAUUUCGUAUACGUUCGCGUACAUUUCACUUGGAUUGUUUUCGUUGUGUUAUCUGUGAAAGACUAUUACAACCUGGUGAAGAGAUCGCUUAUAGAAAUGAACAAGUCUACUGUUUAUUACAUUCACAAAUUAUGAAUAAAUUUUCUAAAUUAGACAAUUAUAAUGAUUUAAAUAAUGAUAAUAACAGUAAUAAUGAUGGUAAUAAUGAUACUACUAAUAAUGGUAAUAUUAGUAGUAAUAGUGUUGUUAACAAUGAAAAUGAGAUAAACACUAGUCAAACGAAUACUUCUACUAGUAAUACUAAUCAUACUAGUAGUGAUAACAACGUUCAUAUUACAAAUCUUAUAUCAAAUAACCAAUUCAUGAUUACAAAUACUACUAUUAAUAGUAAUUGUAAUAAUACCCAAAACCAUACAAGCAAUAAUAGUAACAGUAUUUGUAAUAUGAAUCGAUUAUUGUCAGAACAAAUGAAGAUGAAUCUCCUCAAUAAUAAUACAAGCAAUAAUACUCCAUCUAAAAUUAACACUACGAAUACUACUGCUAACAAUAACAGUAGUAUAAAUUCAUCUCAAUCAAAAUAUGAUAAUCAUUAUAAUGAAUCUUUCAUCAGUGAUGAUAUGAAAAGUUUAAAAUCUGAUAUCAAAGGUCUGCUACCAAAUUUAUUAUUGAAUCAAAUCGAUGAUAUGUCUUUGGUGAAUAUGAAGUCUGUUUAUUGUAGUGGUAAUAAUAAUAAUAAUAAUAAUAAUAAUAAUAAUAACAGUAAUAAUAGUAAUGGUAUGGAGUUAAUUCAUGAUAGUGAAGACAAUAUAGCCAAUUAUGAGAAUUUAUGUAAUCCUGUGAAUUUUUUAUCAACAUCCACGUCAACAUCAUUGCCAUGCUCAUCAUCGCUUUCAUCAGUGUCAACGGCGUCAUUAACGCAAAUAACUUUCAGUAAUGGUAAUAAUAACAAUAAUAAUAAUAACGGUAACGUUAAUGAUUGUGUUAAUAAGUUAUUAAAUCAACGAAAUUCCCUAUCGAAUUGUAAUAAUAUGAUUAGUGGAAUGAGUGAGAAUUUCUAUCCUAAUUCACCAGACAGUUCAUUUGGUGCAGUUAUUCAAGAUAUGGAUAGUCCAAUGUCUGGUAGCAGUGAUGAAUUAAGUCAUGAAGAUGAAGAUUUCAGCCUACUUGGUAUGAGUGAAUCAAAUACAACUGGUCUAUCAGAAUGCGGUACAGCUAUGAAUGGUUCGAAUUCUUUGCCUAUUAAUACCACUGGAUUACAUCAUCAUAAUCAUGGUCAUCAUCAUCAUCCUCACCAUCAUCAUCAUAGUAAUAAUAAUAAUAUGUAUGGAAAUUAUAAUCAAAAUCUUGGAAUGCUUGGAAUCGGUGGUGGCAGUGGAAGUCUCACGGGUAGUUCAAGUAGUGGAACAAGUAUUACUGGCGGUGGUGGAUUGGGCGAUGAAGUAGUUCACAGUGUGGUUAUAUCAUCACGUGGAAUGACUGGAAUGCAUACUACGGGUAAUGCCAGUAGUGGAAAUGGUUUAGGUGGUAAUGCUGGAUCAAGACCAUCAUCUGGUAAAUCAGCUGGAAGUAAACGAUCAAAAGAUCAAAAGACAACUAGAGUUCGAACUGUGCUGAAUGAGAAACAACUGCAUACAUUAAGAACAUGUUAUGCUGCUAAUCCAAGACCAGAUGCAUUAAUGAAAGAGCAAUUAGUUGAAAUGACAAAUUUAAGUCCACGUGUUAUACGUGUUUGGUUUCAAAAUAAACGAUGUAAAGAUAAGAAACGACAAUUAUUAUUAAAACAAAUGGAACAACAUCAACAGAAUGGCGGACGUCCUGGCAGUUUACAUGGUAUUUCAAUGAUUGCACAAAGUCCUGUUCAUAAUGAUGUGAAUUUAAUGUCAACUAAUUCUGGUAUUGAUGUUCAGCAUAUACCUGGACCAUAUUGGAGUACACAUAAUCUACAAAAUGAUAUAAUUACACGAUCAAACAAUCUGUUAUAUCGAUCACAUAGUCAUUCCAGUUUGUUGAUAAACCAAUCAAAUAAAUUGAUGCGACAAUCAAUUGAAAAUAUGUCAUCUACUUCAUCAUCCUCACCACCACCACCGCCGCCGCCGCCACCGAAUUCAUUGAUUAAUAAUUAUCAUACGAAUUCAUUAAAUGAUGCAAUGAUCAAUUAUUCAACUGGUUGUUUAAUAAAUCCAGCAUUGACAAAUGUCAUACCCUUGCAGCCACCACCUCCACCCCCACUGCCACCUUCAGUAUCCUCAUCUACAUCGUCAUCAUCAUCAUUAUCAUUAACAGGAAUCCCCUCAAUGUGUACUUCAUCCACACCAUCUUGUAUAUCACUGUCAUCAACAUCAACAUCGCCAACAUCACUGCAAACAUUUAAUAAUUUUAUGAUGAAUACACCAUCAUCAAGCUUAAUGAUAACAAAUGAUACCUCAUUAUCGACAAAUUUAUCACGAUGUAAUAAUUUAUUAAUGCCUUCAAACACUGUUACUACUAAUAAUAUCAAUACUAAUACUACUAAUUAUACCCAUAAUAGUAAUAAUAUUAAUAAUAAUAGUGGUAAUGGUACAAAUACAAAUCAAUCAGAUUUCUUAAAUGAACGUUCAGCAGCAGCAGCAACAGCAGCAGCACCACCCCCACCCCCACCACCAUUUCAACAUUUAGUGAGAAUAUUUUAAAUUGAUUUUCCCCCACAAAUAAAAGAAAGUUACGCAAUACUCAGCUUUACUAGAGUUCACCGAAUUGAUGAUUAAACACAACUGGCUGUAUUCACUGAUAGAAACUUACAUAUACGUAUGGGGACUCACGUUUACACAUACACGAGUACACUAGUAUACGCUACUGUACUACAUAUAGUAUAUACACAUAUAUAUUUGAAUGAAUGCAUUUAAACACUUGGUUAUUAAACUGAAUAACUUUAAAAAUAAAGAAAUAAUAAAGAACUUCUUUGUUGUUAAGAGACAUUUCAAUUUAUUGAAUUUUAUGAGUCUCUCUCUCUCUCUGCCUCUAUAUAAAUACAUAAAGUUAUAUGAUUUAAUUCUACUCGUCCUAUGACAGACAGUAUUGUUUCUUUAUCUUUCUUUAUUGUGUUUUUGUAAAAAAGAAUAUUACUCAGUUUAGUUGUUUGUUUGUUAAUUCGUACGACAAUUAUCAUGUGUACAAAGUAUAUUUAAUAAUGACAGUAAUACUAAUAAUAAU